ACGGACGCCCGGCUCGUCACUAACCGGAAGGAGGAGAAACUACUUCCGGGUGAAAAAAGUAAACUGCUAUCCACGUGAACUACCUAAAAGACGGAUUCCGAUGAGGACGUGAUCUUCGUUUCUGAGAAGUGUGCUCCUAAAUCCAGAGAGAUUGUCCUUGACCAGACGCAGCGACUGGCCCUGCAGAGAGACAUUGAUCAGCUGUCCCAGCCCAGACAGCAGGCCAAACCAUUGUCAAGCCAGCGAUCUGUGGAGAGGCCAGAGGAAAAGGUGAAAAUGAAGAAGGAGGAACUGAAGAGUGAGGACAAUUGUGUCAAGAAAGUGAAGAAAAACAAGAAAAACUCUCUGCCUGAAAAUAAAAACUCUAGUGUUGAUAAUGGGAGCCAAGCAGAGGUGAAAAAAGAAAAGAAGAAAGGUAAAGCAGUUGGUAUAAUUGUUAUAGAUACAGAAGGAGAUUCUGUCAAUGGAGGUGGUGAAAAGGAAGAGAAGAGGAAAAAGAAGAAGAGGAAAAUUGUCUCUGAAUGUCUGAAUGAAGUCGAUGGUUCUGGUUCUGACAAAGAAGUCAGCAAAAAGAAGAAGAAGAGGAAGGAAAAGCAGCUGGCAGAUGAUGAGGAUUUAGUCAAAGAAGAAGUAGAAGAAAAGAAACAGAGGAAGGAGAAGAAAGGCAAAAAUAAAUCUGUACAAAUAGAAAAAGUAAAUAUAGAGAAAGAGGAGGAGGAAGAGCAGCAAGUGCCAAAAAAAGCCAAGAAGACAAAAAACAAAAUUUUAAAUGUAAGAAUAGAAGAGCAAGUUAAAGAGAAGAAGAAGAAGAAAACUAGUGAUGAAGAAACUACUGAAGCUUUGGAUGGAGUGAGUGUAAAAAAAAUAAAAAAGAAAGCUAAAACGAAAGUGGCUGAAAAUGGAGUGAAGUCAGAAACACCUGAGGGAGAGACAGGUGAGGUCACAGAGGUAAAGGUGAAAAAGAAGAAAAAAAAGGAAGCGAGUACUAAAGAAAAUGAAUUAGGAACGCCUCAGAUCAAAGGAAACAACAAAAAGAGCAAAGGGGUGGAUAAAGAUGAGAAAUCAAAAAAGAAUAAAAACAAAUCCACAGAGACUGAGAUUGUUAUUGAAGAAGAAGAAGAAGAAGAAGAAGAGGAGAGGGUGACAAAGAAGAAAGGAAAGAAAGGAAAGGGAAGAAAAGCUUCUGUGGAGGUCAGUGAAGUAGAAGAGACGGAGCCAAAGAAGAAGAAAAGGAAAAAGGGAGAGGAGGAAGAACAGGUCACACUCAGCAGUGAAACUGUUGCUGCAGCUGAUGGAGACACGACGACAGAGAAGAAGAAGAAGAAGAAGAAGAAGAAGAAGAGCUCCACGGAGGAAACACAGGAGGAGGCCGAGAGCUGUAAAACUACUGCAAAGAAGAUGAAGAAGAAGAUUAAAGAAGAAGUGAAAGAGCAACAUGAGGACGUGGUGUUCCUGUCAGAGAAAGCAGGAAACACUGACGAGGUCGCCAUCGACCAGGAAAGAAGACAGGCUUUACAGAAGGAGAUUGAUAAAGCAUCUCAACCUCAAGAACCAGCCAAACCUACGGGACUGGGCCAGUGGAGCACCGCCGAGUUCAAAAGCUCCGAGCAGCAGCAGAAGUUCCUCCGGCUGAUGGGCGGCUUCAAGAAGAGUUUCCAGCCGGCAGCAGAGAGCAGCGCUAAGGCUAACGCUAACAUGGCUCUGGGGAGAGACGCCCAGCAGCAGCUGCAGCAAGGCCUGCUGGGAGAGUUUCAACGGGCUCAGUCACGCAGGAUGGACUUCAGCACCAGGGGGACAGGACUCGGGUUCUCCCCACCGUCCAGUAAGAAGUUCUUCAUCGACGUUAAUUCACGUCGAUCGGUUCACUUUGAUGAUUGAUCAGUGUGUGUUGUUGUACAAAAAUGUUUUUUGUAUGUGUAGUUUUAACUGUAGAUUAACAACCUGUUUACUCAGGUUCACUGUUAAAACUUGUGUAUGAAUUAAUAUCAGACUGAACA